AGCGACGUGAGGCGGGAGCGCGCGGCAUGGCGGCGGCGGCGACGGCGCGGUGGGGGCGGUGCCUGGCGGCGCUGCUGAGGGCCAGGGCCGGGGCCGGGCCGCGGGCGGCCGCAGCAAAGGGAGCAGCACAUCUCCAAAGACAAAUAAUCCAUCAUGGGAGCCUCUGGUACAACAUUCCUGCCACCAGCAUUUCUGCUGUCCGGACGUACAGCACGCAGACAGCAGAGGAUAAGGAAGAAGAGCCCCUGCACAACAUCAUCAGCAACACGGAGAACGUGAAAGGUGCAGCCUCUAAACAUGAAUUUCAGGCUGAAACAAAGAAACUGCUGGACAUUGUUGCCCGUUCCUUGUACUCAGAAAAGGAGGUAUUUAUCCGGGAGCUAAUCUCCAAUGGCAGCGAUGCACUGGAGAAACUGCGUCAUCGGCUGAUGGCAGAAGGGAAGGCCUUGCCAGAGAUGGAGAUCCAUCUGCAGACAGACAAUGGAAAGGGAACCAUCACUAUCCAGGACACAGGGAUUGGGAUGACCCAGGAGGAGCUGGUUUCUAAUCUCGGUACCAUUGCUCGAUCAGGCUCAAAGGCUUUUCUAGAUGCUUUGCAGAGCCAAGCUGAAGCCAGCAGUAAAAUCAUUGGCCAGUUUGGAGUGGGUUUCUACUCAGCCUUCAUGGUGGCGGAUAAAGUGGAGGUGUUCUCACAGUCUGCAGAGCCAGGGAGCCCAGGCUACCACUGGUCAUCAGACGGUUCAGGAAUGUUUGAGAUUGCAGAAGCAUCUGGUGUCAGAACUGGGACUAAGAUUAUUAUUCAUCUCAAAGAAGACUGCAAGGAGUUUGCAAAUGAAGACCGAGUCAAGGAGGUGGUGACAAAAUACAGCAACUUCAUCAGCUUCCCACUGUACCUCAAUGGGAGAAGAAUUAACACACUGCAGGCACUCUGGAUGCUGGACCCCAAGGACAUCGGUGAGUGGCAGCAUGAGGAGUUCUACCGCUUCAUAGCACAGGCUUACGACAAGCCUCGCUACAUCCUGCACUACAAGACUGAUGCUCCCCUCAACAUCCGCAGCAUCUUCUACGUGCCUGAGCAAAAACCAUCCAUGUUUGAUAUCAGCAGGGAACUGGGCUCCAGUGUUGCCCUCUACAGCCGCAAAAUUCUCAUCCAAACCAAAGCUGCAGACAUCCUGCCUAAAUGGCUGCGUUUUCUUAGAGGUGUUGUGGACAGUGAGGAUAUACCCCUGAAUCUCAGCAGGGAGCUGCUGCAGGAGAGUGCACUGAUCAGGAAGCUCCGAGAUGUUUUGCAGAAGAGGUUGAUCAAGUUCUUCAUUGACCAGAGCAAGAAGGACCCUGAAAAAUAUGCCAAAUUCUUUGAGGACUACGGAGUAUUCAUGAGAGAGGGGAUUGUCACAAUAGCAGAGCAGGAUGUCAAGGAGGACAUAGCAAAGUUGCUACGUUUUGAGUCAUCGUCCCUGCCCACAGGCCAGCUCACCAGCCUGACUGACUAUGCCUCCCGCAUGAAGGCAGGGAGCAGGAACAUCUACUACCUGUGUGCGCCCAACCGGCACCUGGCUGAGCACUCCCCGUACUUUGAGGCCAUGAAGAAAAAGGACAUGGAGGUCCUGUUCUGCUAUGAGCAAUUUGAUGAGCUGACACUCUUGCACCUUCGAGAGUUUGACAAGAAGAAGCUGAUUUCGGUGGAGACAGAUAUUGUGGUUGAUCACUAUAAGGAAGAGAAGUUUGAGGAGAGCAGCUCAGCUGCAGAACGUCUGACAGAGAAAGAGGCUGAGGAUCUCAUGGCCUGGAUGAGAAAUGCCUUAGGCUCUCGAGUCACUGGCGUUAAGGUAACUACACGGCUAGACACCCACCCUGCCAUGAUCACUGUGCUCGAGAUGGGGGCUGCCCGCCACUUUCUGCGUAUGCAACAGCUGGCCAAGACCCAAGAGGAGCGUGCCCAGCUCCUGCAGCCCACUCUGGAGAUCAACACCAGGCACGCUCUGAUUAAGAAGCUUAACGAGCUGAAGGACAGUCAGCCUGAUCUAGCCCAGCUGUUGCUUGAUCAGAUUUAUGAAAAUGCCAUGAUAGCAGCAGGGCUGAAUGACGAUCCCAGACCAAUGGUGAACAAGCUGAAUGAACUCCUCACCAGAAUCCUGGACAAGAACUGAGCCACAGAAGACUGAAGGAUGAACUCUAUGCUGAUCUCUCUUCCUUCAAGUGCAGUCACUGUCAACUAUCGCAGCAUCUGCUUGCAGGCCCUGUGCAGUAAUGGGUUCAUGGGGCAGAGGGCUGGGGAGAAUGGAGGGGACUUCCAACCCUCCCUGCACAGGGAGGAGCCAGUUGUAAUUAUUAGAGCAUAUGUCAUCAACCUGUGCAAAGAGUGAUGGUCUUGGGAACAAAAUCCAGAGGCUACUGCUAAAACAGUAUACCCACAUUUCUG